UCAUGUUCAUUUCAAGCGUGGAUGCUUGGCUAAGCGGGAUACCAUGCCUGUAGUGUUUAACGCUGUGUUCAUUGCGUGUUAGUUACAGCAGCUGAAGUGGGUAUGACGAGUGUAUUGUUUGCUCUGUCUAUUGUGUUUCCUGGGAUGUUACAACCUGGCUUGGACACAAGUUCCUCUUCGUCACAGACAGAUUGCAUUGUGAAGUGUUUUUACAACGAAAAUUGUAAUUCUAUAUUCUAUGAUUCCGGGACGUCCACGUGCCAUUUUGACAGGAACAAUUAUGACACUCCUACGUCUACGAUGACUGCGGAAGAGUCGGUGGUGUAUAUUAUCGUCAAAUCUGGAAAUUUUAAGGUCGUUGGUCCACAUUCAGAGUGUCCGCUGGACAAAGGUUUCGCGUAUGACAGCGCUGGAGAAAUCUGCCAUAAAGUCCUGAACACAAUGACUACUGCUGAUAGUCACCGAGCAACAUGUCAGACCAUGGGGGGACAACUCAUGGCUGUCAAUUCCGCCGCUCGGGACACCUUCCUGGCUGACUAUGCCACCAGCUACGAUGGUGGAUUCUUCUUCGGAGCCAAGUAUGACGGGAUCCAGUGGACAUGGGAGACGGGAGCAACCUACGGUGACUACCUCAACUGGGACACGGAUAACCCGGAUAAUACUAAACCCUGCGCCCGGAAGAACAAAGGCUCACCGAAAUGGAAGUCGUUCCAGUGUGAUUUUGGCGCGUUGUACAGUGUGUGUGAAUUUGUCACGGGUUACUCACAGGCAAAACUAACAACAUGCAUUCCCUAGAGAAAAGACGCUGGAUCACCGGGGAAGAUUUAUUGGCAGACUCGCAUUCAUUAACAAUCCACUCCCUUUAGGGCCUGUAAGUCUCGCGAGGGGCUACUUCCAGUACCAAGCUGGUUCCCAGCUCCCUUUGCGCGCUCCCACUUGCGGUGUAUGAGACUGUGUCCAGUUUACUUCCGGUACCACAUUUCCGGUGACAAGCGUAUAUUCCAGUUCUAGUUCCAAAUUGCGCAACCGCCAACUAUGACUUUACUAGACCGAACCAAGUGUUCAACCAUACUUGCAUUGGCUGUCACAGCUGUUGACAGUCGUAAUAUUAUUUGGCUAAUUUGAGGGUGAUUAGAUCGGAAAUGUGUUAUUCCCGCAAAGAUGAUCAGUUCCUUACUGUCAGCUGACAACCAUGAGACCAUUCAAAUGGGUAUGAAACGUAGUUUGUCACCGGAAAUACUAGGGUCUCGCAAAGUGUCGUGACCUACUUACAGGCCCUCAUAAACCUCCUCUAUCCCUGGAUUUAAUCCCGUGGUUUUCACGAUGGCAAACUUUCCCCCCUUUUCUGUUGGCCAGUUUGACAUACUACGGACAAAGGGAUAUCCCCUUUGGUGUUUGAAACCAGCUUAAAUGCUGCAUUGGUUAUAUCAAGAACAUAUAGUGGUUACCCGAAGUGAUAACGAUAGAAAACAAGAAAUUCAACAUUGAAAAUCGUACUUAGAGGCAAAACAAAAUCCUCCACAUUUUUUUAUCUUCAUUUCCAUUAAAACUGUUGCGGCGCGUCCUCCUUUACCCAUUUCCUUUUACACCACCUUGACAUUUGUUUGUGUGAAAAUCAUGGACGUGUAAUUCUAAAAUCGCAUGA